AUGGAGCUUUUUCCAAUAAUACUACUGUUCCUGUUCUUUGAGGGGUCGCUAGGAUUUUGUCCAUCGCUAUGUUCGUGCAAAGGAAACAAGGCGGCCGAAGGGGUGUCCGUGGAUCCACUGCCAGGUGAACUCCUAAAGCUAAAGUGCGGCGGUACUCCAGCGCAAAUUACAGAGCUUAAGGAAAUUGAUCUAAGCAAACUGUGGACGGUUGUUGUGAGCUUAAAUCUAUCAGGAAAUGCUAUUUCUACAUUAUCAAGGGAACUUCAUUUGCCCAAUUUACAAAAACUCGACCUUAGUAGGAAUCAGAUAUCACUAAUAGAAUCUGAUGCUUUCUACAAUAUGACCUCAUUACAACGCUUAGAUCUUUCAUACAAUCAGAUCAGCAAUAUUUACAAGGAAAUGUUUAAAGGGCUUGUUAACUUAGAGAGGCUGAUAUUGACCCAAAAUCAUAUAUCUGUUUUGAGUGCAGGAACAUUUGACUAUCUAGUCGGUUUAAAACAAAUAGACAUAACAGACAAUCCCCUGAUAUGUGACUGUGAACUACUUUGGGUUGGCGACUGGUCUAGAAACACCAGUGUAAAGCUAGUUGGCAACCCCAAAUGUGCAUUUCCUGAGAACAUGGUUAAUAAAACGAUUAGGAAAUUGAAAAUUUUUCUUGACUUAUCUCUCUGUGGGAGUGUGUUGCCAUCUAACAGUUUGAUAGUGAAACCAAGUCAUGACCAAGUGGUUUUUGAGGGAGAUACCCUGGUUCUAAACUGCAAUGCACCCUUUGCAUCAGUUAUGGCUAAGUAUGAAUUGAAAUGGAUGCAUCCAAUGCUCGAAAUAUGCGAUGUAAAUAUUACAAACACAGAUAUGCAAGAAGAAGGCUUAGCGGAAACGAUAGUGUACUUUCAGAACAUUACUAAUCACCAUACGGGUAAUUGGACUUGUAUGUACAGUGACCAAAAUCACAUUAGACACAACUAUACAGUACAAGUGCUGGUACUUUCGAAUCAGACACAAUAUUGCUUAUCGAAGCAUACCAUAGAUAACAAAGGUCUAUAUUCAUGGCCUCAGCUAUUGAUAAACCAUACUGCAACAGUCCCUUGUCGAAGUGGAGAGGGUAUAGCCUAUAGGUCCUGCAAUGCUAAUGCUACUUGGGGUCCAGCAAAUACAUCUGAAUGUUCGUACAUAAGUAAUAUAACAAAGCUAUUGCAGCAAUUUGCAUUGUUGAAUGUUAGUUUGGUGCAAUAUUCCGCACUAAAUGCGACAGAAAGGUUAGCUAUGUUGAUUCAAGAAAAGACAUACCCCUUGGCCGAGAUCACUGAUGCAGAUGAUGUUAUGUUUAUUGCUAAAGCUAUAAGGAAUUAUAUGCAAUAUAUAUCUGAAGAGAGGGAUUUAGGUUCAACUCUUUUAGAUGUAAUCAGCUCAGCUAUGAAUAUAUCAAGUCAAGUGAUGUCAAAAGCGGAGACACAGUAUGGCUCUUGUACUGACAUGGUGAAAGCUGUUGAAGAAAUAUCAGCAUACACCAGUAAUGUGCAAGGACAUAAGAGCAAGCUGUCGGUGGAGCGGUUCCCGGCGGGCGAGGGCUUCGCGGGCGUGACGUGCGUGUGGUACGGCGCGCCGCCGCGCCUGCACUGCUCCGCCACCAACCGCACCGUGGCGCACCGCGCGCGCGACGCGCUCGUACACGCCAGCGUGCAGAUUCCCCAAACCCUACUAUACACUGCAACGGACACAGGAACCCUCCUCAACAUAAAGCCGCACGAUCUAGUCAUAUCCAUGUAUGAAGAUGCCUCACUGUUCCCUCUCUUGCCAGAGUUGGCAGAGGGACCUAUGAGAGGGCACAGGUCCAAAGAUUACUAUGGGAGGAGUACUAAGAGGGAGGAUAUGAAUAUGGAGAUCACGUCUCCCGUAGUUGGGUUUCAAUUAACAGACAGCAGCAUGCGCGGCGAGCUGCUGGAGCCGAUCAUCGCGACGGUGCGCGCGCGCGGCGCCGCGCCGGGCGCGGGCGAGGGCCGCGCCGCCGUGUGGGAGCCCGCCGCGCGGCGCUGGAACGACAACACCACCGAUUGUAAAGUGUCGCACGUCGUGUCAGAAAUGAUAAUCAUCACAUGCACUCGCCUCUCCUACGUGGGUAUAUUGCAAAAUGUGGAAACCGGGAUAUACGGGGCGAGGACAGACGGGGCUAGGUUUAAAGUAUCCCAUCCCGCGGUAUACGUCGGCAGCCUUAUCCUCAUUGGUUGCGUGAGUUGCACAACACUAACCUACAUAAUGUGCUAUCCCGCCAUACAAAUGGCGAAAAAAGCUAAACAUGCCCUAAUAAAUACCUGGAUAGCGAUAGCUCUGCUAUGUUUUAUGUAUACACUAGGUAUAUAUCAGACGGAGGAUGUCAAAUUAUGUCAGAUUCUAGGUCUCUUGAUUCAUUAUCUAUCAUUAUCCUGUUUGCUUUGGAUGUGUGUGUCGGCAAGCAAUAUGUAUAAAUGGGUAACAAAAACCCAUAACCCUGUGAGGACUCCCGAAGAUGAUAUACCCCCGGAUGUUCCAAUACAGAAACCUAUUUUGGGUCUGUAUUUAGUGGGUUGGGGGAUAGCUUUGAUCAUUUGUGGUAUAUCCGGUGCUGUCAAUUUGAAGGAUUACGCCGGUUAUUCCCAGUGUUUUUUGAGUACUGCGCCCGCUUUGAGCGCUCUGUUUAUCCCCGGCGCCAUUUUGCUUAUGUUUAUAUUUAUACUGUUUCUGCUGAUACGGUGUACGAUACGGAAUAUGAAUGUUCAACUGUCGGAAGGUACGCAAGCGACGGAAAAUGUUGAUUUGGAAAUGUGGGAGCCUAAUCAAAAUAACGAUGGCGGUGAAAGGCGUAGUAUUAAAUCGGGUGUGGAUUCGGAAAUAGAUGAUGUUGAACAUACACCUAUAAUACAAUUGCGAGCACAAGUUAUUGUUCUGUCUCUAUAUAUGUCUGUCUGGACGUGUGGCGCGAUAGCUGUGUACAGACCUUUACCAGCCUAUUUGCCCUAUCAAGAAGAUAUUUGUAGUAUUAUAUACGCGGUUUGUGCAACGGUUUUGGGGACUUUUAUAAUAUUUUUCUACGGCAUAGCGAGGAGUGAUGUACGAGCGCAAUGGUCGCUGAUGCAUUGUUAUUUACAGUCUAGUAAACAGUGCUGUAGGAAUAGAAGCGUUUUUGAUACGAAUCAACAAAAUUUACCCACAAACCAAGCAACUGUAUCGCCUCAACAUGUACUCAAUGAUAACAGAUCGAGGUCCGGCAGUCGUAGUUCGAACAGAACUAACUCUAAAACGAACAACAGUGGUACGUACAAAGGAGGAGCGGAGUUGAAUGGUCAAACUUUGCCAAAAGACCUCAAAAAUACAAAUGGCAAAACGCCAAAUAUAAAUCUUGUAGUAUUACACAGACAACAAUACAGAUCGAACAAUUCUAUGAUGACAUAUCCCGAUUCGGCCUCAGUCGGACCAGAAAUAUUCUACAAUCCCAAUCAAAUGAAUGUUGCUAAGAAAUUCUUCAAGAAACAAAGACAACAUAUGAAAAGAAAUUGCUUAGAACUGCCCGUGAGACGGGAUUGCGAUGAAGAUUCACAUAUCUCAUUACCCUUACCGAGUAAAGAGGCAUAUAAUGGCGUGGCCAGUUUCAUUAACGCGGGUACAAAAGUGAAUAACACAAAUCAACACGUGGAAAGAUCGAACAAUGGUAUAAAGGAACCUAGAAACACAACAAAUCCUAAUUUAUUGGAAGAUGAACCGAAGGACUUUAAAAGUUAUUCGACAGAUCACAAAUCUUGGGCCAAAAACGAUGAUCCCAAACAUGGGAGAGGUCAAAUUAUGAAUAUCUACACCAACGUUCCAGAAACUCAAGUUCCACAACAUCAGAUAAUUAAAGCUAAUGCCCAAAAAUCUUUGAAUGCCCAAAGGAGUAGCGUUUCGGAAGAAUGCCUUCAAAGUCACGCUGAACACCCAGAAAUGAGGACUAUAUCUCAACAGUGCAGUUUGGAAUAUAGUUCUGCAUCAGAAAUCGCCAUGCCCCACACGUGUUCCGACCAAACUUUAAAUACUCAUUCAGAACUUACAUCGUUCCAAGAAAACAGUGCCUUAUGUUCGACCAACGAAAUAACAGAUACUGAAAGUUUCGGACAAUACAUAGACUACCUCCAACCUAAUAAAACACAUGAAAAUAAAGAUGUCGUGGAUAAAUCUCUACAAGAUAUAUCUGAGGAGUGCACAAUGAAUAGCGAUGACGUGAAUCGUUCAAGCACACCCCACAAUUUAGAUGUUGGUUUAGGAGAAAUGGAUAAUUUACUACAGUCCGACAUGGUUGGAUCUAAAGACAAAAUGGACGACGAUAAAGAAACAUUCUUCAUGGCGAAAACGACUUAUGAUUUUGAAACGUGCAGUACUAAUACUAGUGAGCAAGGUUUUGAAAAUGAAAGCGAUAUUUACUGCCCAAAUUACCAAAUGUCCGAAGUUAGUAUACGGAGUCAUGGGCUAUACGCACCAUCGCCUUCCUCAAUGUGUCCCAACGAGAUCAGUUUCAGCAAUGAGGACGUUUCAACAUUAGAGAGCCAGUACGUCAACUACGACCCGGGAUGGCGUAAAACGAUAAAAAACAAUCCUAAACUAGGAAAAUACGUGCCAACUCCCGCAUUAAGUUGUCCAGAAGUGAACCGCGACAGCCCGAUAUCGUUUUCAAGUGAAUUAGACGAACUUUACACUCAAAUAACGAGUAGAGACAAGGAGAGAACGCGCAAAGACGUUUUAGACGUGACUGUAAAUAGUGACGUGACGUUGAAACCUGACAGUGACAGUUGUGUUAGUGAAGCGGUGUCCGACGCAGAGGUGAAGGGAGAAACGGCGGUC